AUGCCAGGCGCACGACAAGGCAACCGCCGCAAAGACAGGGACACCUUCGACAAGCCCCAACAACGAACCCGCCAACCCACCAAACAAGAGAAAGAAAAGCCCACCGAACGCACGACCCUCAGCAAGCAAACCCCUCAAAAAGAAGAGCUAGAUUCCGGCCCAAUUGACCUUUCAGCUACAAUCCCAAUCUCCCUCCAACAACUCCUCCUCGACGUUUUCAAAACAGCCCUCCUUACCACCCCCGCCGACCCCAACGGCGAAGCCGAAUCUACCCCGGUCAUCCUGGACACAAAGACCCUCGUUCAAACAAUCAAGUCCCACUUAUACCAGCGGGACUUUGACUCGGCGUUUGCAGAGGCUGGGGAGGAAUUACUGCGAGCUUAUGCGUUGCGGUGGAGUGCGUCGCGGGCGUUGGGGUAUGCGGGGAUUUUCAAGGCCGUUUUGGAGUGGAUGAGAGCCGAGGAGGGGGAGGGACCUACCUCUAAUAAAUUGAUGGAUAAGAAUGGCACGAGGGUUGUUUGUCUUGGAGGUGGUGCUGGGGCGGAGAUUGUUGCAUUGGCGGCGGCGUGGAGGGAUUUAGGCGGUUCUCGUGAUGCCGUUGCGACGCUAGAGGAGGGUGUUAAGGGUGUUGUUCUGGACGAGAAGGUGAAAGAGAAAGAGAAGGACGGCAGUGAAGAGAGUGUCGCAGCGCAAGGCGAUGCUGAAAACGAAACGACUCCCUGCGCAUCACCGAAGCCGAAGCUCUCCGUCGCAGCCGUUGAUAUUGCGGAUUGGUCGAUCGUGGUAGAGCGUUUGUCCAAGACGAUUGCUUCCUCCGAUGUCCCGACCCAAAAGUCCUCGAGGUUCCAACCUCCUCUACUGUCCGGAUCCCACGGUGAACCAGGCCUCGAUAUAUCCUUCAGUCGAACGGAUGUCCUCGGUCUCCCCGAGUCCGAUCUACAGGACCUCAUCUUGGGCAACAAGCAAACUACACCCACCCCCUCGACCACACCAUCUCUCCUCGUCACCCUGAUGUUCACUCUAAACGAACUUUUCACUACAAGUAUGCCCAAAACCACCGCCCUUCUGUUACACACGACCGAACUCCUUCCACCCGGCGCAGUCCUCCUCGUCGUCGACAGUCCGGGCAGCUAUUCAACCCUGAAACUGGGUAAAGCUAAAGACGGGGCUGCACAAGAGCGACAAUAUCCGAUGAAGUUCUUGUUGGAUCAUACCCUGCUUUCCGUGGCGAAGGGAAAGUGGGAGCGGAUUUUGACGCAGGAUUCCCGGUGGUGGAGGCGCGAGGCGGCCAGGUUGAGGUAUGAGGUUGGGGAAGGUGCUGGUUUGGAGGAUAUGAGGUAUCAGGUUCAUGUCUAUCGGAGAGUAUAG